GCGGUACCUAUUGUGGAGGUUGGAAUGAUGGUAAAGCACAUGGACACGGUGUAUGUACAGGUCCCAAAGGUCAAGGUGAAUACUCUGGUGCAUGGCAAUAUGGUUAUGAAUUUUCCGGCAUUUACUUAUGGCCGUCAGGAAACUCUUAUGAAGGACAAUGGAUGAGUGGAAAACGUCAUGGAUUGGGAGUGGAGAAAAAAGGAAGAUGGAUUUACAAAGGUGAAUGGACACAAGGCUUUAAAGGACGAUAUGGUGUACGUGUGUCGGAUAUAUCAGGCGCUCGUUAUGAAGGCACUUGGGCUAACGGUCUUCAAGAUGGUUAUGGAGUAGAAAUCUAUGCAGAUGGUGGUGUUUAUCAUGGUCAGAUACAACAAGGGCUCCGCCACGGUUUUGGAAUUCGACGCAGUGUACCAUAUGGUCUUGCCUCACGUUAUCGAUCGAAAGAUGUACGCGAUUCUUUAACAUCUCUUCGCUCAAUAGAAGACGAUGAGCGAACACAACGUGAACGAGAUAAACGUAUGGAUGAAAAUCGUGGUGGAUUUGUUUUACGUUCAAGGUCAGAUCCACAUGAUUCAACAUCUCGUAGUGCUAGUCAAGGUCCACGUCGUGUUUCUUUAUCUAAUAGUGCCGAUCGUCGUAUUUCUUUACGUAAAACACUCCUAUCUAAAUUGCGUAAACAAAAAUCGACCAGUGAUAUUGAAGAUCUAACCGUCACAAAGAAAACGAGUUCAUUUCGUUCAACAGCAAGUACAAUCAGUGGUGAUUCUAAACAUUCGGUUAAAACAGCUACAAUACUAUCAUCGCAUCCCAAUACACCGAAUUCUACUGGGACAUUAGAUGAUGGUGAUCAUUCAUUUAUAUCUCAAGAAGAUAUACUUGAUGGUAAUGUUGUUGAAACAUACAUGGGCGAAUGGAAAGCAGACAAACGCACCGGAUUUGGUAUAGCUGAACGUUCGGAUGGUUUGAAAUACGAAGGAGAGUGGUUUAAUAAUAAGAAGAAUGGUUAUGGUGUCACUACAUAUCGAGACGGUAGCAAAGAAGAGGGAAAAUAUAAAAACAAUAUUCUAGUUGCCGAUAAGCGUAAAUCGAGUAAAUUAUUUUUACUUCGGACAGCAAAAGUUCGUGAUAAAAUCGAUGCUGCAUUAAAUAAUUCAACCAAAUCUGCCACGACUGCGCAACAAAAGGCUGAAAUCGCCAUGGCAAGAGCAAAUAAUGCACGUUCAAAAGCCCAUUCAGCUGAGAUUUAUGCAAAACAAGCUCGAAGUGAUAGUAUUGAAGCUCGUGGAUCUGCCAAAUUAGCUGCACCUGAUUUUCGUCAGCCAGGUGAAGAAAAACCACAAGCAUUUAUUCCAUUAGAUCUUGAUCGGCAAUUGGAUGGAAGAGUCGUUACAAGCAAUCAUAUUAGUAUUAGUCCGCCUAAUGGUCGAUUACCCGCGUCAUCGAAUUAUCUUUCAAAUAGCUCAAUCCCACCACCAUCACAUAUAACUCCACUUCAUCCAACGUCAGUAUCAACUAUGUCUCCAUUUUCUCUCGACGGUGGAGUCUAUCAAGGACAACCACCAACUCAGUCUACUAAUUGGAAUGCAAACACGAGGUUGGUUGGGUCACCAUCUUCCGCAACUUCCAUUCAUCAACAACGUCCAGAUUAUUAUCGAGAUAAUAAUCAACAGCCACAUGCACAACAAUUCAUGCCAUCAAUGUCCUACAAUGAAAUGCCCGAUUCACGUACAGGUAUAUCCGUGUCUAAACAGUAUACUCAUCCAACACAAUUCUCACGUGCUGAUACUGUUGUACCAGGACAUUUAAACUAUGAUGAUGAUCGUGCUACUUCUAUACCAACUAGUUAUGAUUUACCAUCGUCAUCAUCGCCAUCACAGAUACCUCCACAACAAUUCGUACCAAAUACCGCCGGAGUAGGUCAGCGUUCAGCAUCAAAACGAAGUACUUUUAAAAGGACCACUCGUGUUGAUGCAUCUAAUGAUGAUCUACUUCAUGAUCAGCAUCAAUUUUCUGAACAUCAUCCGCAAGACUAUCAUCAUCCAUCAUCGGCUUUACAUACUCCUCAUCACAAACAUCAUCAUUCAUCUAGUCUUCGACCGAAUACGCCCGGAACGACGCCUAAUAACUCUAGUAUUCGACAUAAUCUCACACACGGUGCUCACAAUUCUCGUAAUCCAAGCGGACAUGAUUCGGGUUCGAGUUCAGGUGGAACAAAUUUCGAUCCUGAACAUCAUCAUAUGCGUCAUCUAGGUAAUCCGAACGCUCCGGUAUCGAUACCAGCCGCAUCAUCACCGCAAACUGUUGAUGUCUACGAUGUUCCGCAACCUGUUCCUAUUCCUCGACGAAAAUCUCUACCGAGUAUUGUUAAAACUAAGCCUGGUGAUUAUAGAAUCGACGAAACAGCUCGGUCCAGUGAUAACUUACAAGAAAAAGAAACUUUUAUUAUUGAGAAUGGUAUACGUAAACGUGUCACUGAGCAAACGACCACUUAUACAGAAAGUGGCUCACCAAUACCACAACCAACUGUGAUGACGAGCAGUACAGGUUCGCCGACGCUUGCUCGUCGUAUUAUUCUCGAAAAUGUUACACGAGUUGAUGCACCCACAUCAACUACGAGUGGUACCGGUGGAAGCAAACGUGGUAGUAUGCCAACACUUGUUAAUAUGGCUCGACAUCGUCAAGGAGCUCCCAGUAUAUCAAGAGAAGAAGCAACCAUACUCGGUUCUCAAAGGCGAGAAGAAUUACGACGUCAACGUGAUCGUGAUUCAACAACGAUUGGUCGUCUGAAAAAUCUAUUACAGUCUAAUAUUCCUGCUACUGCUGGUUCAGCUAUUACUGCCGAUAUGCAUGCGUUUACCCAAGAGACAUCAAUACAAACGGACGAACGUGAUGAUGGCAUUCAGAAUGUCAUCUAUCGAAAUCGAGUGUUUAUUGCCAUUUUCUUUCUAAAUUUAUCCCUUGCUCUUUGGUUCAUACAAUUGUUGAGAUGA